AUGUCAGGUGAAAAAGGUUUCCUGUCACCGCCAAGUCCAUCAGGCACGGCCCCACCUCCAUACAGAUUUCAUCAAGUACCCCAAACGCCUUCCACAUCUAGACCCAGUUCCAGGCCAGGCUCACCGCCUCACGGCGGAUCAGUACCAAUGCCAGGCCCAUCAAGCGGGUCGGGCGAUAAGGGAGGGUUUUCGCUGGACCUGGGCAGAUCGGGGCAAGGCAAGGGUGGAAUCUUGUUUCCUCUUAUGGUCCUCAAGAGCAUAUUUGGCUUGCUGUUGAGGAGAUGGAAGACAGUCAUCUUUGUGGUCGCCUUUGGCACUCUCGCUGCUUUUGGAAUGUUCGGAGCUAUGUGGACAGAAUGGCGAGAGAUGACAUACUACAGGUGAGUGGUCAAGGCGUGCUCAAUCUAGCCUGUUCGUCUUGCAAGGUUGUCGGGGCCAGAGCAAGAGAUUCGCGCCUCGCAUCCGUGCAGCGAGGCCGAAUGCUGCGCUGGGAAGGCCGUGACCUGAACGCAGUGCGCCGCCACGUUUCGAGGGACACGAGGUUGUUCGGAUAUCGCGACACUGAGCGCUGUGCUGAUCGCUCCUUCCAAUCUUGCUUGCAGAGUUGAUCCCUAUCCUCAAUUCUCACCUGCUCAUCCACACCCGGGAGGCGCACAUGAGGAGAUCGCGUCUGGCCACCAGAGCCGGCCCAUUCAGCCAAUCUCCCUGUCCACCUGCCCAGGACCCAAGGCUGGCAUGCCCAUUCCCCGCGCCCCUCUCAAGUACUACAAGACCCCCGAGACACAUCCCAUUCCCUUGGUUGGUGACUACAAGCUUGUCAACUUGGACAACAGCAAGUGCCUGACCUACAGGGAUAGGUAUUCCAUGUACACCGACGACGCUCUUGGCAUCACAUAUCGCCAAGACCUGGAUGAGGAGAUGGAGGAGACCAAGAGGAAAAAAGCCGCUCUGUACGACGAUGAUCCCGACAACUUGAAGCCAACUGCAAGUACUGCGAGCAAUGGCGCUGCUAUCACAGGAGGUCAAGGAGCCUUUGGAGGUCAGGGAAAGAGCGGAAAUUCGAGCAGGCAGAGGAGGCCUGCCAACAAGUCUUCGUCCUCCGGAUCAUCGACGACCACGGCUAGUCAUGCCAAGGCAACCAAAAUCGCGCCCUUCAACAAUACGGAUCCGCUGUAUGGUCCUCAGAAGCCGGCAAACUGGCACGAGGGUGAUUGGGAAAGAUAUUUGCGUGACCGGACGUGGAGGGCGAACUUGCGAUCCGAAGAGUUGGGCCCAAUCUCUUUCCCAGACUGGCGCGCUCUCAUGGACGCCUGCUUCGAGAAACGUGAACGCGAGCGUGGACGAGCGGCUGGAGUGGACCCCUACGAUCCGACCUCGCAGCCCCUUGCAGACGUCAUCGCGCAAGAGAUGAUGGACGAAGACAUUCCCGCCAAGUUCAAGACUACACCAGAGACUAAGCGAACAGCGCUUGUCAUGCGUGCUUAUGAGGGCUACGUGUGGCGCGAGGACGAUAUCCUCAAUAUGAGAGCUCUGAUUGGCGAGCUUUCUCUGAACAACCCCAACACACCUUACGACAUCAGAAUUUUGGUCGAGGUGCAUGGCCGCCACCUAUCCGUCUUUACGUCGGAGUGGGACCGCUUGAAUGUGCUGAGGUCGAGCGUUCCACGCGAAUUCUGGGGUAUGGUGGAGCUAUGGACGGAGGACGAGAUGUGUGCUCUGUACCCAGGACUGCCUGGGAAGUUCCUCAACCACAUGAUUGCGCAGAGGUGAGUGGGACGAAGUGACGCAUGUUGGUCCGGACGCUGACGCGUACACUACUCUGCCCCCCUUGCAGCUCAUACCGCAGCUGCUUGAUGGCGCUCCAGAAGUUCUAUCUCGACCACCAAGAGUACGACUUUGUUUGGAAUUGGGAGAUGGAUGUCAGAUAUAUUGGCAACUACCUGGACUACUUUGAAGGUAUCGAAGAGUACUCCCGAAAGGAACCUCUGCACGUGGGCAUGGACAAGUAUGAUAGCUGGUUCGUGCGCAACGUCAGCGUUAGCGAGGAGAACUGGCGGGACAAUGCCACGUUGAUCGAUGGAAGAGGCGAUGAGGCGGAUCUCAUCACUCUUGGUCCCGUCUUUGAUCCCCGUGGAAGCGGUUGGUUCUGGGAGUACGAUGUGCAAAAUUAUCCGAAGGGAGAGGCAACUCACCGCCGCGCAUCGAUCGGCACAAAUAUGCGCAUGUCCAGGUCACUGUUGGAUGCUAUGAACGUGGUUAAUGCGGAAGCGAAAAAGUCACUGCAUUGCGAAGCGUGGCCGACGACGCUCGUCUUGCAUUCGCAAUUACCAAUUUCGCACGAUCACUCCUUCUACCCCGAGGCUGGAUUCACACACAAUCUGCCCCUGCCUUUCAAGGGUGUCUUUGCACCUCACCCCGUCUACUUCCGACACUACUGGGAUCCCGAAGUGCUGCACUCAAGAAUCAACAGACCCGACUUUUACAAGAAGGCAAACGAGAAAAUUAUGCGAGAUUCGGCAUUCUACUACGAUGGUGCACAUGCCAAAGAGAGUGAGUGAAGAGAGGCCCAUUUGCCGGUGCGAAGUUACUUGCGGGAUGGCUGACGAGCUCAAUGUCGAUUCAUAGUCUACGUCGGUUGGAAGGCGAAGGAAUCAGUUUGCAGAGCUCCAGUCCUUUUGCACCCCAUCAAGCGCAGUGAGUAGUAAAAAGUCAAAUUCUUACCUGAUCACUUGCUCACACGUCUUUAUUUUCCCUUUUUUCCGUAGUCAACUGA